AUGUCUUAUAAACUUUACAAUUAUGAUCCUUCUAGCGGCGUGGCCAUUCCUGCAGCUGCCCUUUUCGGGCUAGCAACUGUGAUCCAUAUUGUACAGAUGAUUCGUACCCGGAGUUGGUACAUGAUUCCAUUUACAAUUGGUGGUGUUUUCGAGGCGAUCGGCUACUUGUGCAGGUACAUCAAUGCAACCGAAACGCCAAACUGGCAAAUUACGCCCUACAUUGGACAGAGCCUUCUGAUUCUUCUCGCACCUGCCCUGUUUGCUGCCUCUAUCUACAUGAUACUAGGACGUCUUAUCGUCGCUGUGAAUGCGAGUUCGAAUUCAAUCAUCCGGCCGUCAUGGUUAACGAAGAUCUUUGUCAUUGGCGAUGUGCUUUCAUUCUUAAUGCAAUGUGGAGGAGGAGGAUUCCUUGCCAGCGCAAAGACCCAGGACAAGGUGGACAUGGGCGAGCAUAUGAUCCUCGGCGGUCUUUUCGUCCAAGUCUUCUUCUUCGGAUUCUUUAUUAUUGUUUCGAUAAUUUUCCAUCGACGAAUGCUUGCUUCACCUAUGAACUAUGUGGGUAUAUGUCACAUUCCCUGGGCACGCUGUAUGAAUGUCUUGUAUACUGUCAGUUGUCUGAUCAUGAUUCGUUCAAUCUACCGGGUGAUUGAAUAUGUGCAGGGAAGCGGUGGCUAUCUGCAAAGCAAGGAAGCAUUUGUAUACGUUUUUGAUGCCGCGCUGAUGUGUGCUUGUUGUAUUGUUCUGGUUGUUUUACACCCAAGUAAAAUUCUGGCUGAACAGGGGAAGCAGUAUCAAAAGACAGAAGAUCUUGAGAUGUUAACCAACCGUUAUGAGGCUGGACGAAACUAUGAUGUUUUGAGCUGA